GAUAGACGCACACAUUCGGCUUCUACCUGCGUCUUAGUGAAGAGGUGCCUUCGUUAAGUUGAGUUCAGCCUGAGCGUGCGCGAUGACUAGACUGCUGCUCGCAUCGGUUCAUCACGCCAUCCUCGUGUUCUCGUGUGCUAGUCUCCUACUCUUUGGCUCGCUGUCAAUUGGCGAUACCAUCGGCAAAUCCUCCGACCGAGAUGGACACGAAAAUCAAACGGCCGUCACAGCACCUGCAGAGCAUCGCGGCAGCACUAAAGCGGGUCACAAAUAUUGGCGGUGGGGAUAUCGCAAAACCAAUCAAAUCGACAGAUUGGAAUUACCUCGAACGGCCAUAGAAGAUGACGAAAAGUGGAUGCAGAAAUUCGAUGUGCCCCGCCUUCAUUCCAUCUUCGACCGUUAUUUGAAAACGGUGAAAAAGACCAAAUGGAUGGGCAGGAUUGGAAAGAGUUUGCAGACCAAAUGGCUUAAGUCGAUGUUGUCCAACAGCAUCGAUCGGCACUCCAGUUCAACAGUUAAAGGCGGGCCUGACGAUGUCGAACAUCUCCAGCCGAGAAUGGACAUUAGUUUCUGGAAUUUGGUACCGUGCUAUUCGAUUCACACCGAGCCAGGGCUUUGUCUAUCGACAACGAUUUGCGCAGCCAUUGGCGGCACACCCAGUGGCUCCUGCAUGCACCGGAUGAGCAUGACCAAAACGUGUUGCAUCAUCAACAAGAUUCUGACUACCUGUUCGGCUAAUGUGGUGGCCAAUAAUACUUACUGGCAAUCACCGCUGUUUGGUGUCGACUCGGGCUCCGUUUGCGUCAUGGCCCUACAUUUGAACACGGGAGUUAUCCGCCAAAAUUUGCAAUCUAUUUGCCAAGUUCGGCUCGAUUUCGACAUGUUUUCCAUCGCUCAACCCAACACGGCAUCAGUCUGCUCGACGGAUGUCUUUAGAGUGGCCGGAUCUCUUAACACCGUUCCGCCCAUUUGCGGAGAUAAUUCCCGACAACACAUGUACCUGACCUCAAAAUCAACGGCCCGCAACAUCCAGCUAAUCUUCAGCAUCGGUUCGGCGCCGACCAUCGACCGCUCCUGGCGGAUGAAAAUCAGUUUGCUGCCUUGCGACGCAGACUAUCUCGCUCCGCCCAAUUGCCUGCAGUACAUCACAGAGAGCACGGGCACAGUGAAAUCCUUCAAUUGGAAAGAUGUGGCGGCCAGUACGACCUCGCAGAGGCAAUUGGCCGAUCAGGACUACCAAAUUUGCUUCAGGACAGAAUUAGUCGGCUCCAAUCAGCAGGUUCCAAACACUCAUUGUCUGACCGAAUGUUCGACUACCAACGGCGGCCUGGCCUUCAGUUUGAGUCGACUGGCUACCGUGGGGGGAUUGACGAGUAGCGCGGGCGGGAGCGGCGUGGCGGCCGGUAGCCAAUGUGCCAACGAUUUUCUAUUCUUCCUCGGAGGAUUCGACGUCUUGGGCAAUUUCAACGAUCGAUUCUGCGGCAAUCGACUCAAUCCAACGCCCGGCUCCGCCAUAUCGACGCCCAUUUGCUCCAAAUUCAAACCGUUCCAUUUUCGAUACGUAACCGACGGAGCCGAAACGGGUGACGGAAGCAACAACGGGUUCUGCUUGAAUUUCGUCCAAUUUUGAAUUUUCAAAUCAAACAGCGACAAGGUUAUUUUCGUUCGAUUGUUGCUGACCAUAUUCAGAACUGCGUGUACAUAUACAUUUGAAGGACGAUUUAGUUAGUACUUGGUUGUUUCUCAAACACCACUCAAUUCUCAAAUAAAUUAUUGUUCGUUAUCUCA